CACGUCUUCACAUAUCCCCGUACUCAAUCACAAAAUAGUCUCACUCUCUACACACUCACAAUGGCCGCCGAGAAUACCAAGCUCUUCCAGCCUCUCAAGGUUGGCAAGAUGGACCUCGCCCACCGCGUCGCCAUGGCCCCCCUCACCCGCUACCGCGCCGACGACGAUAGUGUGCCCCUGCCCAUCGUCCCUCAGUACUAUGCCGACCGCGCCUCGGCUCCGGGCACACUCAUCAUCACCGAGGCCACCGCCGUCUCCCCCGCCGACGUCGGUGACCUCGACCUGCCUGACUUCUCCACCCCGGCUCAGAUAGCCGCCUGGAAGAACGUCUUCGACGCCAUUCACGCUAAGGGCAGCUAUGUUUUCCAGCAGCUCUGGUCCCUGGGCCGUGCCGCCGACCCCUCCUUCGUCAAGGGCCGCGGCUACAAGUACUGUUCCUCUUCCGAUAUUCAGAUGACCGGCCGCCCCUGCCCCCCCGAGGCCCUCACCGAGGAGGAGAUCUGGGAGAAGAUCAACAGCUGGCGCGUCGCCGCCCGCAACGUCGUCGCCGCUGGGGGUGACGGCAUCGAGAUCCACGGCGCUCACGGCUACCUUGUCGAUCAGUUUACUCGCGACUCGGUCAACAAGCGUACUGACAAGUGGGGUGGCUCUGUCGAGAACCGCGCCCGUUUCCUGCUCGAGAUCAUCAAGGCAGUAGUUGACGAGAUUGGGGCCGAGCGCGUCGCCCUGCGCCUGAGCCCCUUCGCCACCUUCCAAGAGUCGUACUCCUCUGACACAUGGGAGCAGACAAGCUACAUCAUCCGCGAGAUUAAGAAGGCCGGCUACAAGCUUGCCUACCUGUCCCUCGUCGAGGCCGUCGGCAACCCCGUCAACCUGGGCAUCGUGCCCCGCCAGCCCACCGACGACGUCCAGCCCUUCGACGAGGCCCGCCCCCAGACCCUUGACUUCAUCCUCGAGGAGUGGGACAAUCAGUCCCCCGUCAUUGUCGCCGGUGGUUACCUCGGCGAUAGCGCCCGCUGGGCUGUCGACGAGCGCUAUGCCAAGUGGGACGUCGCAGUCGCCUUCGGCCGAUACUUCAUCUCCAACCCGGACCUCGUCUUCCGCGUUAAGAACCGCAUCCCCUUUGCCCCCUACGACCGCACCACCUUCUACAAGAAGAAGAGCAACGACGGCUACAACACCUACGAGUUCAGCAACGAGUACGUUAAGGCCCACGGUUCCAACGGCUCUGCUUAGAUAGAACGGCGAGAAAGAACGUUGAUAGGGGCGAUGGAAAUGGGGGGGGAGGCAUGAGACGUUUUGGCAUAGCAAUGGAGUUUGGGUACAUCACGAACAGAUCUACGA